AUGGGCGAUACAAAAGUGGCUAUAGGUCUUAUGUUACUUCCUCAUUUAAUUCCGCCAAAAGGCCUGAAGAAAUAUAAAGGCAAAUGUUAUAAACCCUCAAUAGCUAACGCCAAAGAAAGCCUGAUAAUACAUGCAAGCAUUCCUGGAGACAUGAUUCUAAUCAGACAAGAAGCAAGAAAACGUGCUGAAAUGUUAAAUUUGACGUUACAACCGUAUAUAGUCAUUUUAGGUUCUCUUGACGAAGUAAAAGAGACAUACAUUCAAGUGGACGACAUUUUAUAUAAAGCAAAUAGUACUUUAGAGGCAAUUGAUGUAUGCUUCAAAAUAUACCAUGUUUUUCAAGUAAGCUAUCCUAUAAUGAGCGAAUACCUUUGGAUGCUAAUCCAAAAAGGUAUUUAUCACUUUACUACAAAGUGGGAUUUUAUAAUUCCUAAUAUAGAGUAUAUAUUAAGUAAAGUAACAAAGUGUUUUGAAAAAGCUAUUAACUCUAAAAGUACUAAUGUUUAAAACGUAUUUUUAAAUUUUUAUUAUUAAAAUU